AUGACCUUAGAAGAGAUGUCCACCAGCAGAGGGAGUGUGAGAAAGUGUAAACACAAAGAUUUGAAAGAUCUACGGCAGUUUUCUGGAAAUCUUUACAGCUGUUGCACAGAUGAAGAGGAACCAAAUGUGGGAUCUAGAUAUAUGUCAUUUGGAAAAAAGAAGAUGAAAUUCACAAAACUCAUCGGUUUUUGCACAUUACUGAGCAUUAUAAAAUGCCAAGAACCUGCUCUCUCUGUGUAUGACCUUAUUGAAGAACUUAGGUUUUCCACAGCCACAGAAAUAACAAGAGUGAAUGGAUCUAACCCAACAUUAUCUGCUGUCCGCAUUAAGGCUCCAGUUUCCCUGAAGAAAGAUGGUGCUUUCCCUUCAGAUGGAUUACCUACUGAUUACUCUAUUAUUGCCACUUUUAAAAUUGUAAACGCUGUGCCUCAGAGGAUCUGGAAUUUAUGGAAGUUUAUUGAUGGAAAUAAAAAACAUGAAAUCGGACUCAGGUUUAAUAACAAUUCACAGACUGUAAACUUGUUCUACUCUACGCCAAUCAAGACUCUUAUUUUCCAGAAACAUAGCAAUUCUGAAAAGCUUUUUGAUGGGAAAUGGCACAAGUUAGCUUUCAGUUUAACAAAUGGUAAUGCUAAAAUGGUUCUAGACUGUAUUGAUGUCAGCGAUGUCUCUGUAAUAGAAGAGAAACUUCCUCAAAAGAAUGGGAUCUCUUCACUGGUUGACAUGCAGAAGCUUGAAAUACACUAUGACCCAGGAAGGGCUUUGUUGGAGCAAUGUUGUGAGCUAUAUGAUCAAUGUGGGGGUUCUGCUGAGCUAAGCAUCGGGGCUAACUCUCGAGGUUGUAAGUGCUCACAUGGGAUAUUAGGUCUUCAGGGAACUGCAGGAACAAAGGGGGAGAAAGGCCAUGCAGGUGAACGUGGAGAACUUGGUCAUUCAGGAAAUUUGGGAGUUCGUGGCAGUCCUGGUGCUUAUGGAAGUAUUGGUGACACUGGCUUUAAGGGAGAAACAGGCAUAAAGGGGGAAAAGGGAGCAAGAGGUAUACCUGGUGACAGAGGUAACCGAGGAGAUCCUGGAUUCAAAGGACUCUCAGGAGCAGAUGGUUUCAAAGGAAUCGCAGGCCCACCAGGAAUACGAGGAACGUCAGGGCCAAAAGGAGAUAAGGGAGAAGAGGGAGAAAAAGGGUAUGAAGGAAUUCCAGGAUUCACGGGAGUUAAGGGCGAUGAUGGGUUUCCUGGGAUUGAGGGUCGUCCUGGCAGACAAGGAACAAAGGGACUUAUUGGUGACCCAGGAGAACUUGGAUUUGUUGGGAGCAAAGGGGAGCCUGGUAUAUUAGGCCCAAAAGGUCGAAGAGGUACACAGGGACCGCAGGGAAUCAUUGGUGAUCCAGGUUUGAUGGGACGUGAUGGUGAUGAUGGAAUUGAAGCAUAUCAAGGUCCUCAGGGUGGAGAAGGACGCAGUGGAGUUUUGGGGAUUAAGGGAGAAAAGGGAUUUGUGGGACUGCGAGGCCCUGAGGGUCCCCAAGGAAGACCUGGGCUACCAGGAUUAAAAGGAGAAGCUGGUGUGCCUGGCCGGCCUGGAUUUAUGGGUCCACCUGGAGCCGCUGGACAUGUAGGACUUACUGGUGGUCCAGGAGCAAAGGGCAGCACUGGGGUUCAAGGAAUCAAAGGUUCAGAAGGACAGAAGGGUGAAAAGGGAACAAAGGGACCUAAAGGCAAAGCUGGAGAUAAUGGCCCAGUAGGUCCUGAGGGAUUUGCUGGUAGAAGAGGACCUCCAGGAGAAGUUGGAGUUCGUGGUCAAGGAGGAGAGCAAGGUCCCACAGGUGAUGCUGGAGUUCCAGGAGAGAGUGGACCAAUGGGGUCAAAGGGGCCAACAUUUCCUGCUUCUCGUGUUAUUGAGGUUUGUCAAAAGCUUGUUCGUGAACAAAUGUCUGCAUAUGCCCAGUCUGUACGGAGACAAUGUGCAAGUGUUUGUCCUUUGUAUGGUGAAGUACCUAUGGGAGCACCAGGACCUGUAGGGUUGCCAGGACCACCAGGAGAACCUGGUACACCUGGAAUUAAAGGUCUAGAUGGUGAAGAUGGUGCAGAAGGAUUUUAUGGGGAGCAAGGAGAUCCAGGGAAACAAGGACAAAAAGGUGAACUUGGGGAAAAUGGAGACAAAGGUCCAAGGGGAUAUGGACUUGUUGGAUUUGUUGGUGACCCAGGGCCAAGAGGUGAAAGGGGUAUACCAGGGCUAGCAUUUGAUGGAGAACCAGGUUUGAUGGGUCCUCGUGGGCACAGAGGACAGCUUGGACAGAGAGGAUAUACAGGACUAAGAGGACUACCAGGACCGUGUAAAACCACUGGCUGUGGAGCUCCUGACCCUACAACUGACCAUACAAAAGACUUAGAAUCAUAA